AUUAAUAUCUAUCUAUCUUAUCUCUCUCUCUCUCUAUAUAUCUAUGCAUUGAGACGUACCAACAAGAUCUUCUUGGAAUACAAGAAAUAUAAAUAUAUUUGUCAUGGAAGGCUAUGAUGACAGCAAUCCGUCCUACGCUCAGUUUUUAUCGUUGAAACCCGAUAAUUCGAUAUCGAUGAUGUUCGAUCGGGAUGGUGAUGAUGAUGAUGAUGAAGAUCAUUAUGAUGAUGGUACGAAGGUUGUAGAAGAACCUAGAAGGUUCUUGAAGAUGAAGAAGAAGAAGAAGGUGAGGGAACAUAGAUAUGCUUUUCAGACAAGAAGCCAAGUGGAUAUACUUGAUGAUGGUUAUCGAUGGAGAAAAUAUGGCCAGAAAUCCGUCAAGAACAACAAGUUCCCAAGGAGUUACUAUAGAUGCACAUUCAAAGGAUGCAACGUGAAGAAGCAAGUACAGAGACUGAGCACGGACGAAGGGGUCGUUGUGACAACCUACGAAGGAGUUCACUCCCAUCCGAUCGAAAAAUCCACCGACAACUUCGAACACAUUUUGACCCAAAUGCAAAUCUACGCUUCUUAUUGAUUAAUCCUCCUCAAACUCUAUAAUUAAACAGUUUAUAAAAAUAUAAAAUGAACUAUAUAUAUAUGUAGAUAGUGUGUUGUAAAUUAGAUGCCCACGCACGCAUGUGUUGAUUAAAUAACACCUGCGAAAAUCUAGAGGUGCGUAUGGAUUAUUUUUUUGUUUGUUUUGUUUUUACAAUACAUGUAUGCGAGUCUAUUUGCAAAUUGCAAUAAUUCGUGUUUGGAUAUUCGAAAUUUCGUCUAAUAA